UUUAUUAUAACCUCAAAAUGUCAGGCGCUGUCAAACAACUGUCACUUCGAUCACAAGCAAAGAAAUAAAAAUUCAUUAAAAAUAGUAUAGUAUACAACAUAAUGAAUGAGUAUCAUGUCCGAAAAAGAGGUUAUAUACAAAACAGCACUUGGAUCUCGAAUACUAAUUUUCGCCAUACAAUACAUCUCCAACGUAGUUGUUCCAGAUCAUGAACCCGACGUUUUUCGUUUUCCUAAAUUAAACGAAUCUGGAAUACUUGACACAUUAAUUGACCACAUUGUUGGCGGCUUUGUAAGAUGGGACGCCCAACAUUUCAUGCAUAUCUCAAGAUAUGGAUACACUUAUGAGCAAAUUUUGGCGUUUUUUCCACUAUGUCCAUACUUAGUAAGAUGUGUUGCCCUAACACUAAGCAAUUUUGUUCCCUCUGUGAAUAUGGACUCAUUAACACUUGUAGUGUUCCUAUGUGUUAACACAUUUUGUUUUAUUCAGUCAGCGUUAUGUUUGUAUGAAUUAUCACUUCAUUUUGUAAAUAAGAAGUUAGCAUAUGCAGCGUCAAUUCUCUUUUGCUUUAACCCAGCGUCUGUAUUUUUUUCCGCGCCAUACACAGAGUGCCUGUUCAGUUAUUUAACUUUCAGAUCUAUGCUAAAUUGUGUACUGUUGUAUAAAAAAUAUUGUGAUAUUCAUAGCCAUUUGCAAGUCAGAGAUGUUGCAUAUAUUCUUCCCAUUUGUCUAAGCACAGUGACAAGGUCAAAUGGUGUCUUAAACAUUGGCUUCCUCAUGUAUGUCAUAAUUUGCCUAUACUUGGAAAAAGUAAAAUUGAAAAAGCAAAUAUUUGACAAACUAUUACACACUUGUAAGUUUAUAACUUUGGCGAUUAUUCUUGGGUGCCUUUGUAUUUUACCAUUUAUUUUAUUCCAAGUGUAUGGGUUUCAAAUGUAUUGUACAGACUUUAUAAGUGAGUUACCACCAACAGUAUUACAGCACAAAGAUAUAGAAAAAUUUGUACUACCAGGUAGUUUUUCAAAACACCAGCAAGCUUGGUGCUUUAACAAACUACCAUUGUCAUAUUCAUACAUUCAAUCUUACUACUGGAAAGUAGGGUUUUUGCAAUACUACGAGUUAAGACAAGUUCCAAACUUCGUCUUAGCUUUUCCGAUCGUUUUUAUUUUGUUAGAGGGCGCAUUUCAAUUUUUAAAAAAAGUUCCUAGAGAUAUCGUUAAAAUAUUCAAUUUUAACUUAUUGCAGCACACUUUCAAACGUAAAUCUAAAUUAAAUCCAGCCAUGAACGUGUUCAUAAUUCAUGCAACAGCACUGACUUUAUUUUGUGUUACGAAUAUUCACGUGCAAGUGACCACACGAAUGUUGUGUUCGGCGAGUCCUGUGUUAUACUGGUUUUGUGCCUGUCAUGUUUGUGAUCUCUCUAAAGAGACUUUAUUUAAGGAAAUUAUAUAUAUACGCUAUUACAAAAGAGAGCAUUUAAUAAUAGUUUACUUUUUAAGUUAUUUUGUUAUAGGGACAGUACUGUUUUGUAAUUACUUACCUUGGACUUGACAAAUAUAUUUUUUCAAAUUU